AUGGCACCUGGGGCAUGGUCCGGCUUCAGGAGGUCUAGCGAGAGGACAAGAAGACAAGCUGCGCAUUUCCGCGUUGGCUGGUCUUGGCUUUGCCCUCUACUUUUUCCAGCUCUAGCGUUUUGUGGCAGUCUUAGACCUGUCUCUUUGUGGAGACUUCCUGAACCUGACCAGCACGACAGUCGGUUGGAACUAGAAGCUACGGCUGCACCGAUUGCAAGAAAGAAAGCAGGGUCUGCGCUUACCAAAAGAGCCUGGGCCUUCUCUCAAUUGGAUCCGAAAGCUGGGAAAGGCAUGAGAUCUGCGGAUUUUUGUAAUGAAAAACCUGCUAUGCGCACCGUGUGCUGUGAGGUGCCACCACCUUCCGUCAGAGUGACCAAACUGAAGAAGGGUGAGAGAUACAGAGGGUCAGAUGCUCAGGCCCCCACCUGA